UCAAAGUUUUACUCGCCUGUUGUUCCUGUUGCCUGUGAGCACAGGUUGGAGGGUGUUGGUUAAGCAUGCUGUUGUCGGUGCUGAGCUGGCUCUGCUCCUCUCUGCUGCUGCCGCUGCUGACUGUCAGCGGGGGGAAGCUGCCUGAGGCCGAGGUGACGAUAGAAGUCCUGCACAGACCUUUUAUCUGUCACCGAAAAUCCAAGUAUGGGGACAUCCUGCUGGUACAUCAUGAGGGAUACUUCGAGAACGGGACCAUGUUUCACACCAGGUAUGUUUGCUGACUGUCACGGCGGCCUCGCGGUUUACAAAGUCACAAACAAGGUGGAGUUACAAAGGUGCUACUCUCUUCCUUCAAAUUCACUUUUUCAUCGAAUUCCUUAUGUAUAUUUUUACACGUUUGGACAGCGGUCUAAACUUCAUACAGGUAAAUCCACAUUAUUCCCCCGCGGCGUGGCUAGGUUUCAAUCUGGGGCACGCGGGGAACAUCUCCUUGGAGACGCCUGUUUCGUGCAGGGUCACGUGACGAGAACGGCCAGGGGCGCCACCUGGGAUUUUAGGACCCAUGAGAAAAUAUACCUUCAGGCCUCACCGGUCCUCUAUUUUAAGUUUUACUAUUUAAAGGGAUAUUUCGGUGUAAAAUUAUUUUAGGGUCAAACACACCGUAACACCGAGUUAGACACCCCCUCGAGCGAUAAAUGUUGCUAACUGCUUGCUUCUCUAGAUAAACCAACUUUAGUAAUGACCGCACGAUAGCAAUACACAGCAGUCUGAGGAGCCGUAACCAAACCACAACCGAAAAGCCACUCUAUAGCCACAAAUAAUGCUCAGAACAGCACCUAACUUCAUCAACAGUACAUAUAGGGUCCCAGUCAUAGUACUAGCCACCAAACAUCUUUUUAACUUUGCCUAAUUUCUUUAGCAAAGAGACUAAACACAACUCAACUACUCUCUUCCAGCAGCCGCUUGUUUGUAGUGAGACCUCGGGCCAGUCCAUUACGGACUGCUGCGGGGUGACACAGCUCAAGGAAGAACAUUCAUGAUGAAUUCUUCAUGGAAAUGGAAUCAGAAUGAGAUGCUAAAGCAGAAGAACUACUGUGUCUGCAGUGCAAAAUGAUUAUUUUGAUGAUUAUUACUUCAAGGAAAUGAUAAAGUGAUGAUCGUAAAUGUCCGUAAUGGACUGGCCUGAGGUCAUGCUACAAACAAGCGGCUACUGAAAGAGAGAUGGUGAGUUGUGUUUAGUCUCUUUGCUAAAGAAAUCAGGCAAAUCUAAAAAGAUGUUUUGUGGCUAGUACUAUGGCUGGGACCCUAUACUGUUGGUGAGGUUAGGUGCUGUUCUGAGCAUUAUUUGGGGCUAUAGAGUGGCGUUUUGGUUGAGGUUUGUUUAUGGCUCCUCAGACCGCUGUGUAUUGCUAUUGUGCGGUCGUUACUAAAGUUGGUAUAACUGGAGGAGCAAGGGAUCGGCAACAUUCAUCUCUCAAGGGGGUGUCUAACUCGGUGUUACGGUGUGUUCAACCCUAAAUUAGUUUUACACCGGAAUAUCCCUUUAAUUCAAAUAAUUUAUUAGCAUGAAAGCCAUAAACAAUUUUACUCACUAAUCAAGAACAAAUGAUAAUACACACAAUUUUUCUUAGUUGAUGAAAUAUGCACUUGAUUGAUACAAUAUACAAUAUAGUUGUGGUAGCAUCUCUUAUUCUCCAAGUUAGACCUCCAGGUGCCCUCACUUUCCUUUGUUAAAGCUGCCUGUCCCACUCCACUCACUUAAAUAUGUCUGUGUGUCCAUUAGUCGAACUGAAGGAGACAAGCAUGCUGUGUGGUUCACUCUGGGCAUCAGAGAGGUGAUCAAAGGCUGGGACAAAGGCCUGCAGGACAUGUGUUCAGGAGAGAAGAGGAAACUCAUCGUACCUCCUGCUCUGGCCUACGGCAAAGAGGGGAAAGGUACUGUGGCCUUGUCUGUACACUCAAUGUAUGCUUCACUGCAUGAGGACUUAAAGUUUAUUAUUGCAUACAUAAUUUAUUUAUGUAUGGCAUACUUGUCUGUCUUCUUUUGGAUGGCCUUUGUAGGAUUUCUACCAUGAAUGAGGGUCCUACUCAGUGAUAAAAGUCCACUUUUUCUCACCAUGGAGCAUGCACUGUACAGUACUGUGUUUUUUCCUGGUAAGCACAAACCAUACUAACUAUUAAUAACUAUCUGUUCUUUGCUUGACAAACAUUGCUGUACUGACAACAACCUGCUUUUACUAAUAAUGCACCCAAAGUUUAGUUCUUGUUUAUAACUUUUUGCGCUCAGUUUGAGACAGAACGCUCCUUCAAAUCUUGCAGUAACCUCAUGUAAAAAUCCAGUCUGAGUUUAGGUUAACAUCUUGCGCUCAACUGUUGUCCAUGAUCAGGUAAGAUCCCACCUGAGAGCACGCUGACCUUCAUCAUAGAGGUGCUCGAGAUCAGAAAUGGACCAAGAUCACACGAGUCAUUCCAGGAGAUGGAUCUCAAUGAUGACUGGAAGCUCUCAAAGAGUGAGGUGAGAACUUUGUUUCAAUGUUUUCUCUUGGCAUAUAUUUAAACUUUUACUCAUGCAAUUAGCCACCCCUGCACAUAGUAAAUCGUGCUGAUUUGGGGGGUCCAAAUGUUCUAGUUAUUGUUAUUAGACAAGUUGAAAGAUCCCAUCAAGGCCUGUCAGUCAUCAAGUCAUUCCUGAACCACAGCUCACCGUCAAAGUAGAGGAUUCAUGUUGAAAAUCAUUUAAACCUCAGAUUACAUACGCUUUUUUCUUAGUUUGAUGCCAGCAACUCAACAGUUUUGGGUCUCCUUUGUCAUAUUUUUGGUUCCAUAAUGUGCCAAAUGUUUUACAUCAAUGACAAGUCAGGACUGCAGACAAGCCAGUUUAGCAGCAGGACUCUUCUACAGAGCCAUGCAAUCAUUACACACACAGAAUGUAGUUUAUCGUUGUCCAGCUGAAAUAUUCAUGGUCCUUUCUGAAAAAGUCCUGUUUGGAAGGGAGCAUUUGUUGCCCCAAACCUGACUAUAUCAUUCAGUGUAAAUGAUGCGUCAUAUUUCUUUUCAUAUAUUUACUGAUGUUUAAUCCCUUUUUCUCAAUCUUUCACUGUAACUUGUCUCCUGCUCACUCCAUCCACCAGGUGAAAGAAUACCUGAGGAAGGAGUUUGAGCGUCAUGGCUACCCUCCCAAUGACACUCUUCACGAGAACAUGGUGGCCGACAUCUUUGCCAAAGAGGACGAGAACAAAGACGGCUUCAUUUCUUCCAGAGAGUUUACCUAUAAACACGAUGAACUCUAAGUCAUUGAUUCAGUGUUUCGUGUUGUUUUGUAAGUUCCUGAUUGAAGCCAUGACAGGAAGAUCCCUCAGGUAACAUGAUGUUAUUUAUGUUACUGGGACAUGAGCCAAUGUCUUUUUCAUCUCAUUAUUCGACUUUUAAAUCAUAUUUGCACAGAUUUAAAAGCACCAUUCAGCACAUCACUUUAUGUUGUAUGUACAUUUUUAGAGGCAGAAAGGAGGCGAAUGCUCAUAGUGAGAGUGCACAUUGUGGGCUGACUUUCUAAGCAGAGAACCAUCUCUAAAUCUGUCACUGAAACUCAAUAACUGUUUCCUUUUACAAAAUGUGAUGAGAUUAAUAGAAUUUUUCUUUUGCCAACCCACUCAGAAGACAGUGAUUCGGAAGAUCAAUACACUUAGGAAAGCAAUAUUGAUUGGUGGAUUUGAGUGCAGACAGUAUAUUUUCAAAUUCAGUUAAAAAGUGUUGAUUUAUGUGCGUGAACUCAUGGCAAUGUCAACUUUUUUUUCUUUCAAGCAUCUAAAUGGAUGUUUUUCAGGGUCACUUGAGCUGUUUUUACUGACAGGAAAUCAUCAGAAACCCUUUUUGGAUAAAAGUUUUUUUUUAAAUAAAAUAAUAGGAAAGUUAAGCUUUAUUUAGAUGUCCGCAGUAGUGUUGAAGGGUAUACUGGUAGUCUUUCUGGAUGGCCAUCUUUUUUUUUCAGACUUGUUUGGCAAGUCAAGUCACGUCCCACAUGCAUACCCUGAAAUGUUCAGUUUUAUGUACCCUUGGGGAGAGGUUUUCAUUUUGUGACAGAUUUUCUAUCAGGGAAAAAGGUCAAGUUAAGAGUGUCUGUCACUAUCUUUAAAGAGCUACGUGCUGCGUUCAGAUCUUAGACUUUUUUUUCUUGCACUAGAAAAUGUUCUUGAAGUGCCAACCCCAAUCCAGACCGUCCUGUUUCUGUAGCUGUGGGGUUGACUUCUUAGAUGCAAAUAAGCCUAAACUCUGUAGGUAAAUGACUGUUGUGUUCAGGGUUUAGUUCACUGCCAGUCUGCGAAUAUGAUCAAUAAAGUGACAUCUCUUUGUUUUUUUAAACAAAA